GUAAAACUAUCAGAUAUUUCACAGAUUAAACUUUCAUAACCAAGAGACAUGACAGAGAACUUAACAGCACCCGACUAUGGUGAUUACUAUGAACAAGCAGAUAAUAAUGUUGCACAGCCAUGCAAGAACAGCAACACAAAGGCCUUCAGUGAAGUUUUUCUUCCGACUUUCUACAGCAUAGUCUUCAUCAUUGGCUUCAUCGGGAACGGUCUGGUAGUGUGGGUCCUCAUCAGAUACCGUCGCAAAUCCAACAUGACAGACGUGUGCCUCUUAAACCUCGCCAUCGCUGACCUGCUCUUUCUUGUGUCACUUCCCUUCUGGGCUCAUUCGGCCAUGGCUGACUGGAUCUUUGGUAAAUUCAUGUGUCAUACCGUAACGGGCCUUUACACGCUGGGUCUCUACGGCAGUAUCUUCUUCAUGGUGCUUAUGACAGUGGAUCGCUACGUCAUCAUCGUCCAUCCCCACAGUAUCUUUUCCAGGAACCGCUCUGCCAAUAUGGGUUUGGUUCUGGCUUCAGUCGUGUGGAUCCUCAGCCUGUUUGCAUCUCUCCCAAACAUUAUAAUUGCCCAUGAGUCCAAAGAGAUGAAAAAUUCAACAUACUGCUAUUCAAACUAUUCAAGUGAUGCCAUGAAGUCUUUUAUUUACUUUAAGGUAAACGUCUUGAGCCUGUUUCUCCCUCUGAUUAUAAUGGGGUAUUGUUAUGCACGGAUAAUCCCAACUCUGACAAGCAUCAAAUCCCAAAAACGACACAAAAUCAUCAGACUCAUUCUGGCUGUGGUGGCUGUUUAUUUCCUCUUUUGGACACCAUACAACAUUACCAUAUUCCUUUUCUUCAUGCAGACACAAGGCUACAUGCAGUCACACGAGUGGCAUAAUAGUUUGAGUCUGACCAUGCAAUGGGUGGAGACUAUCGCCUUCAGUCACUGUUGCCUCAAUCCCAUCAUCUACGGCUUUGUUGGAGAGAAGUUCAGAAGAGAAGUCCUAAAGGUGGUAAAGGAGCAGUUUCCCAUGUGCUUCAGACAAUGCUCAUCUUUCUCACAACAGUUAUCUGAACGCAGAGCCUCGACUUUCUCAAGAUCAACUGAAUAUUCAAGUACACACAUGUAUUCCCCAGCCAAGAUGGCCGUUCUCAAGUUCCCUGUGCUCCUAGACUCUGAGCUGGCCACACCUAUACCAAAGAUGGCCCUACCAUUGUCCCUGCCCCCUCCCUGGUUUCCGUUGCCACCAGCAGCACCCUGGUCUCCCUUGACUGGUUCUCGUCGUAUUUUCUGCCUCCUCCAAGGUCCCGGCCUCCAUCAGCUUCACCAUGGUCCCAGCCUCAGCCAGCUCCUCCUUGGUUCCUGCAUGGCUUCCUGCCCUGGCAUUCUGCUUCGCCUUGGACACCUGACUAUCCUCCUCCUGGUUACUGUUCCUAUCCAGUUAGGAGGAAUGGAAGCAACAACAGUAAGCUAUUACUACCAACCUGAAGACCACGUGUGCGAUACUGAACAUUCAAACUUGAAUGCGGAUUUCAAGGCUACCGCUUUCUACCUGGUCUUUGUGCUUGGCCUUGUCGGGAACAUCACCAUCUUAUGGGUUCUCCUGAAAGUCAUGCAUCUGAAAACUUUGACAAAUGUCUGCCUGCUGAAUCUGGCUCUGUCUGAUCUGCUAAUGGUCCUUUCGCUGCCCAUCUGGGCUUUGUACACUCAAGGUCAUUACCUCACAGGCAAUGCCAUGUGUAAGGUUAUAGCAGGUGUAUAUCAGGUGGGGCUUUAUAGCGGUAUCCUGUUUGUUACCCUGAUGAGCGUGGAUCGCUAUCUGGUUAUCGUACAUGCCGUGGCAGUGCUGGGUGCAAAGAUGCUGCGUUACGGAGUUGUGGUUAGUCUCAUCAUAUGGGUGGUUUCAAUCGCGGCUGCUCUGCCUGAGGUCAUCUAUGCAGCGAUGGUGAUGGAGGAAAACACCACCAGCUGCCAGAGACUCUAUCCACAAGAAUCAGCACAGAAGUGGAAGCUUUUCCGCAACUUUAGCGAAAAUGCAGUAGUGCUUUUCAUCUCCUUGCCGAUUAUAAUCUACUGCUACAUUCGGGUCUUAAGGGUGGUGCAAAGGACAAAAAACAAAAAAAGGGAUCGAGCAAUAAAGCUUAUUUUAGCUAUCGUUGCAGUGUUCAUGGUCUUCUGGGUGCCCUACAAUGUGGUUGUGUUCUUGAAGACCUUGCAAGAGUUUGGCAUAUUGAAUAGCUGUACGCCAUUUUAUCAUAUCAACAUGGCCAUGGAUCUGACAGAGAUGAUCGCGCUGACGCACUGCUGCAUAAAUCCAGUGAUUUAUGCAUUUGUCGGAGAAAAGUUUCGAAAAUGCCUCGCAAGUGUGUUUACAAAAUGUCUCCGAUGUGCAAAGAUCUACCAGUUCGACUCGCUUAAAACCCAAUCAAAUCAUUCAAAGGUUUCAGAAAAUGACACAUCCAAUACGGGUUUUUAAAGAACUGAUAUUUUUCUUCUCUUUUUUACACCACACACCAAACAAUAUACAGUUACAUGGUACAACAAUACAGAGUUUAAAAAUAUAUAAAAAUAAUGUUAAUAUUUUCUAAAUGUGACAUUGUCUAUGAAAACCCAGCUAAAGUUUGUGUUUUACUGUUUUCUACAUAAAUUCAUCCUACAUAAUGUAAAGAAUAUUGUGUGAAAAUAUAACCUUGAUAUUUUAAAUAUUGAGUAAGAUCAUGACAAAGAUUGAAAUCAAUUUGAAAUCAUAGAGAGGGUCACACAUACACUGUAUGUAAAUUAUGUUUAAAAGGAUUUUUCAGUGAAAUUUAUUUUAGUAAAAAACUAAAUUUUUUAAGUGUUACCAAUUAAAGUAAUUAAGUUGAUCCAACUUUUCUCUUUUUACAGUGUAAGAAAAAAGCUUUUUUUUCGAAUCUGCACUGAAAAAAAAAUGCAGCAUGAAGUUAAAAAAAAUUGAUUUUGCAAGUCAAAACCUAUUUUAGGUUUUGACAUAAAAAAGUUGACAUUAAAAAUUAACUUAAAAACUAUUUUAACUUGUUUUUAUAAGUUAAGUUAAAGUUACAGAAAAUAUAUAUGUUGAUUUGACAAAAAUGUUGCAUUUUUACAGUGUGUUAUUUUUAAAGCUUAUUGUGUAGUUUUUGUAAGCUUUGUUUUUGUAAAUAUUUUGUCCUAAGUUUUAUCAUAAUGUUUUAUCCUAAGAAAUGUUUUUGUUGUUUUAGGCAAUAUUAUUUCAGUGUAACUACCUCAAUAAAAUCAAGAAAAUAGCUAUUACUGUUAAAAACAAAUUGUAAAAAUUCCCAGUUGUCUCAGGUUGGUGUUACAGGAGAUUCUUGUAUUUGUGAUCAAUUUCGUGUCUAUAGAGUAAUUCACAAUGGCUAUAAAAUGAACUAAUGCAUUAAUGUGAUACGUCUACCUUUUAAAAUCAUUACCACAUUUGCUCUCACCACAUACCGUGCCAAAGCAUUUAGCACAGCUCUGUACUGCACAGUGAAUAACCACAAAAGUUUGAAAGAAAGACCUCCUUUACCACAUAUAUCAUAGGCAAAACUGAACAAAAUUCAUGUUUAAAUGUAUAAAGAUGUGUAAGAGGAGUGUGAAUAUGAACCUAGGUAAAGAACUCAAUUUGAAUCCAGCUAUUCUUUCUUUCUGUAUUAUUUUCUGCAUCGUAUUUAAUCCAUAAGUUACUCAUUCAUGUUAAUUUUGUAUAUUCACCAUAUUCAUCAGUGUAUUAAUAAACAAGUAAAUCAAAAUUCAG